CAAAAGUCGACAGUAAUUCACUUUUCGCGAGAGUUGCUCCUCAGUUCUAUUCAAUUUAAGAAGCUAAAUACACAGAAAAUAUUUUUUUGUUUUGUUUGACUUUUAUUAAGAAUUAUCAAUAAUUCAAUAAUCGGCUCAAUGUAAUAAGUUUAAAUUAUAGUCUUUGGUGAAAUGAAUGAAAUUGUGUUUAUUCCAAUUCCACCCCUUCCGCCAAAAAUUUCAUCAUGUGAGAUCUCAAUGCAUGUAAAAUCCCGAAGUAACACUUUCAAAUUUAAGGAAAUACUUUUUAGGCAGAAAAAUGCUGACACAUCAUUUAAAGAUGUUGACGGAAUUAUUAUGAAAAAUUGUUUAAAUGCUGACGAUGCUCUUCAAAUGCUUCAAAUGCAAUGGUUUUUAGAGACAUUCAAUAAAUCAGUUCAAACUUUUAUGAUAAAAAUUGAAAUUGAUGAAUUGAUUGAUUCUUUAAAUACAGCAAGUGUGUCAAAAUUGAUGAAAAAUAUGAGAAAGAAAUUUUGGAUAAUUUUGUUUCAAACCUUUUGCGGUAAAUGUCAAAUAUUUUGGAAGUAUGACGAAAAAUCAUUUUGGUUAAAAAUGGAUACGCAAGUUUCUAACUUUGUGCUGGAUUUCUUGGCAUCAUCAAUGACAAAUGAUCAUCCAGGAGUCUCUAAUGACAUCUUAACAAUGACAAGUUCAACACAACAAAUUCUAGAGCUUGACCUGCUUUCUUUAAUCGAUUCUCGAAACUACAACCUCUUAAUGCUUGCCGCGGAAGACACCCGGGUGGACACAGCCAGUUAAAGUCCAUUAUUGGACAAUCAUUUAACAGUCUUUUAACUUGUCGAAAUAUAUACGAUAUAGAGAACUAUACGUUAACUAGACUUUAACUGGACAUUCAUGCUAAUCAAUCAAGUGUUCGAAACUCAAAAAUAAUUUUCCUUACUUUUUUGACCAUAUACUUCACAAGCGCUUACAGAAAUCACUUAUAUAAGGUCUACCAAAAUUUGUAUGAAACUUUUAAGUAAAUAUAAUUGUUUCACGCGCAAGUGUUCGAGACUCAAUUUUUA